AUGUCUCAGCAAACAGCUCCGGAUCCGGUCUGCAACUUCUGCCAUUGGACUGCAAAGAGCGAACAAGGCCUGCGCUCGCAUCUUGCACAAAAGGUGGCCUGCCAAGAUAAGCUCGCUCGGCUUAUUGAACAGACCAUGCGGGCUUCCAACACUGUUCAGCCGCCGAGAGACCUCUCACCUCCGACAGAAGAUGAAGACAAUGAAGACCUGCAAUACGGCGACAAUGACCUCACCAUGCCCGAAGUUGACUUCGCUGGUGCAGAACAAACUCUGAACAAGCGCGCACGAGUACAUCAUGACGCGAACACCCUCGGGGAAUGCAACACGCACUUUGUUGAACCCUAUCCACGAGCAGCAGGACAGCGCCUACGUUGUUCCGAGACCACUUUCGAUGCCCAGAAGCGGGAGAUGGAGGGUAGCGGACUUCCCCGUUAUGGACUGUUCGGGAGUGAAGCCGUCUGGGAUGUUGCCGAAUGGGCCCACAAGACCUUGGGAUGCACUGAGAUAGAUGACUUCUUGAAGCUCAAGAAGGUGGGUGUUGCUCGCCGAGAAGGUCUUGCGUGCACCUUGCGCGAUGAUAUGACCUAUGCGCCUCACAAGAUUUUUGAGGACAUGGAGAAGGAGAAGAGGGUCUGGGAAGAGAUGCACACAGCAGAUUGGUGGUGGGACGUGCAGGGAGAACUGGAGCUCGGGGCGAAUGUCGCGCCUAUCAUCCUGGCCUCGGACAAGACAUAG